ACCUCGAUCUUUUUCGCCGGCGAUUCAUUGCACGUUUGCAGUCUCCGAGUUACUACAAUGGAACCUAUUAAUGCUCUGGACAAUUCCCAUGUUAUUACAAGGCUAUUGUCUAUUGGCGUAUGCUUCCUACUGUUUCGGUAUCAAUCAGUUGAGGAAAUUAUUUCUCUAGUGUUUGAGGAAUUUAAUUUCUACAAAGAACCAGGUUUACUUCAGUUUUGGAAAUGCAUCAGGUCUCUUGAUUCAGAAGACAUUGGGUGUAAUCUUCUAUUAUUAGAUGAACCUUUUAGAUUAGCUGAUCAAAACCAUGAAGAAGUUUUGAUGUACAGGAGGAAAUCUCAUGAUAACGUUAUUAGAUUCGUUGGCACGCAAAACAAGGUCAUCGGAAACUGGUUUGCUGGGCGUGCAGCUCAGACAGGAAUUGCAGAUCACAGGACAAAAGAUCUUGUGCGUAGUCAUCAUUACCAACAAUAUGCUGAAGCAGCAGGCAUGGGGCAGUGUGUUCUGCCUGUAUUCUAUGAUGUGGGUGAUAGGAAGGAACUCGCCGGAAUCAUUGAGCUAGUCACAAGUGUACCAAAAGAAAGUUAUGUUGAGGAUUUUAAUCAGUUGGUGCACUUACUGCAGCGUAGGGGCUUAAAAUCCAGUUUUAUGGGGAAGACGAUAAAAGUUCAAUAUGAUCAUAUGAUCAAGUUUAACCUGCCCUUUUCAGCCAAGUUCACAGACCUGCUGACAGAAGUGACAAAGAGGUUCCACGAAUUAAAGAACAAACGUGUAUGUAUCAAGUACAAAGACACUAAAAGCAACCAGCUGAUUUCAAGUGAUGCAGACCUCCAGAAAUGCAUGAAGGAAUCCAGUUCAAAUGGGGAAGCAUUUAUCAGAAUGUUUGUUGAACAUGUAGAUGGUACUUGCGAUUGCACGUAGGAGAAGGUUAUUUGAUCAUGACAUCUGCAAAAUCCAAAUAGUGGGAAAAUAGCUUUUGACCGACCAUCUUGAAAACUUCUCUACCUAAUUUUGGCAUCAUCAGCAUUUUUACUUUACUUAUCUAGCCUUAAACCACCUUCUUUUAGUCGUACAUCACCAAAUAUGUUUCAUAGUAUUGUACAAUACUAUAUCUUAAAACAGAUUUGAUGGUGUACGUCCAGUAAAAGGUGGUCUUUAGAUCAUCAUCCAUAUGAUUUGGAUGCUGGUACUCCAUGUUUUUCACGCCAACUAUAGAUAUGAUAGAUGCUAACACAUGAUCAUGGUGAACAAAGAAAUUAUGUUAAACAAUGAAAGCUUACCAACUAAAACAGGUUCCCGUUUGUCAAUAGAGUUGUUGGCUCAAUGGUAAGGUCUUUGACCUUGGGAAAUCCAUCUGGUUUCAUAUCUUACUUCUCACAUUUACGGGGAUGGAUAAAUCAGGGCUUUUUGAAGGUCUUGGGUUCCCCAAAAAAAAAGAAAAAAAGAAGACAGGUGUCCAUUCGAAUACUGAGGUACAGGCGGCAAGGCAAUGAAAUAUUGGUACUGAUUGGAAGAAUAAGCAUAUAUGUUAACCAAGAAACACAAACUGAUUUGCUGGGUCAUAAAUGUAUAUAUGGUGCUGUUUAUUUGUUGCUUUAUGAGUUGAAUAGUGGUCUCCUUGGGCAUGUCAUUACUUAUUAGUAUUAGUUGUUCGUACCUUUGCUAACCAUAGCUAGAUUUACGGGGCAAGUCGUCUAGGAUUAUUUUCUUCAUGUAAAUUUACAUCAUUUUCAUGCUACAUCUCUUGAUGUUCAAAUGUUGACCACC